AUGCGCCGAAUGGUAAGCUGUUACCGAAGGCAGCGAUGGCGUUCCAUAUGUAUGCUAUGGCGUUUUUAUCUUCGGUUGUUAAUAAAAAAUGUUUUUCCUUGUCUUCGACUGAGGUUUCGCUCUGUUGAAUGCCUGUUAUAAAGAGUAUUUCAAUCUGAAUUACAUGAUACUUUACAUAUAUUAAUACCGAAGAGAGCAUCUGAGGAUCUAUUAUUAUGGGGUGUUUGACGUGUAGUGCAAUAUUUGUUACCAUAGCAGCUAUGACUCAUUUUGAAGCAUGUGUUGGAGAGAAUAUGAAAAGAACUUUGCUGGGUAGUGACAUUUUUGAUUUGAGUAUUACUGAAGACGAAGGCAUGAGAUAUAGACUACUGUCGAUUGAGAACAAUACCUUAUUUGUUGGAGGAAAAAAUAAACUGAUAGCAAUUCCUUUAAAUUUAGAAAUGGAAAGAAAUUUUACAACAAAAUUUAAUGUUUGUGAGCCAUUCAAUGAUCUUGAAUGUUCUAAGCAAAAUAAAAAGGAUGCUUGUUUCAACUACAUCAGAGUUUUUAAAGUGAUGAACGAUAAUAAAAUAUUUGUUUGUGGAAGUAACGCGCUCUAUCCUCGCUGUUACUACCUCAAAUAUGAGAUAUCAGAUAACAAUGAGUGGGUUAUUACUGGGAUGGAAGAUACAUUCGAAUGUAACAGAUGGGAUAAGGCAUACCAUAGUGGUGUUGAUUUCACUCCUUUCACUUGGAAUAGUGAAAUGGUUCAUGAAUUCUCUGGUGAGUUAUUGUUGUUAUCUAAAAACCGAAAGGUCCACUGAUUAAUCUCAGUUUAA